AUGAGCACGAUGCUGAGUGCCAUGCCAACUAUUUUGUGUUGUCUGUGUGCGACGCCCAUCGUUGCGAACGCUGCCAACACCUGCGUGAGCUGUCUCAAGUCGCAGGUCGACGUGACGGAAGGCAUUCCCAAGGAAGUGAUUAUCCACCAAUGCCGUGGCUGCAUGCGGUGGUCACGUCCGCCGUGGGUGGCGGCUGAGCUCGAGUCUCGUGAGCUGCUUGCAAUGUGCUUGAAGAAGAUCAACAACUUGAACCGCGUGAAACUCAUUGAUGCCAACUGGAUAUGGACCGAGCCUCACUCGCGGCGUCUGAAACUCAAGCUCACGGUGCAGAAAGAGGUCUUGAGCAAGAUGGUCAUGCAGCAAUCGUUCAUUGUGACCUUUGUCGUGCGCAACCAGCAGUGCGACGCUUGCCAAGCCUCGUUUGCCAACCAGUCGUGGCGCGCGGUCGUGCAAGUGCGUCAGCGCGUAGACCACAAGCGGACGUUCUUCUUUCUCGAACAGCUUAUUUUGAAGCACCGAGCUCACGAAAAGACAACAAGCAUCGAGUCGCAUCCGGAUGGUGUUGACUUUUUCUUCUCGGAGCGCAACCAUGCACUGCGAUUUGUGGAUUUCUUGCAGGAGUCUGUACCGAUGAAGCUGAAGACUGCGAAGAAGCUGAUUUCUGCUGACAACCACAGCAACACACACAACUACAAGUUUACAUAUGCAGUGGAGAUUGCGCCGGUGUGUAAGGACGACUUGGUUUUGCUGCCAGUGAAGCUGGCCCGGAUGCUGGGCAAUAUUUCCUGCCUUUGCCUUGUGCAAUCUGUUACCUCGUGUAUCCAUGUCAUUGACCCGUUCACCACCCAAGUGGCGGAGAUUGAUUCGGAAAAGUACUGGCGGUAUCCUUUCCGCGGGUUGCGAUCAAUUAAGGCCAUGACGGACUUUACCGUUUUGGACUCGACUCCCAUGGCGAUUCCGUCAGGUGGUGGCCGUGCCAUCCGUGUGACUCGGAAGACCCGACUCGCUGAAUUGGAGGUUGUGCGUGACGCUGAUUUUGGUGUAAAUGACACGCGUCUUACCACUGUGAGCCACCUUGGCAUGAUCCUCCAUGUUGGAGAUUCAGUACGCGGCUACGACCUGACGUCUGCAGUGUUUAACGACUCUGACCUGACUCCGCUCGUACAAACGGGAUUGUCGAUGCCAGACGUUGUGCUUGUAAAGAAGGUGUUCCCACGUCGCAUCCAAAAGCGUGCGCGCAACUGGAAGUUGAAAAAGAUGGAGGGCGUGGAGCAGGUUGGUGCUGUUCGCAAGGCUGACCUUUCGAAGGACGAGCAGGACUAUGAGCAGUUCUUGGACGAACUCGAAGAGGACAAGGACAUGCGCUCUCAAAUUAAUCUAUACAAAGAUGAGACCAAGCCGAUUUCGGACAAUGACGUGAUGGAGGAGGACGAUAUGGGGGCUCCGGACGUGGAACUGCACGAGCUGCUGGACGAUCUCGUCAUGAAAGAAGACGACCCGACGCCGCGGAUUUUAUCGGAGACUGAAGCGAACCAGGCUCCAGCGUGGGAGCUUGAGGAGCUGUAA